ACAGGAAGGGGCGGAGCGCCGGCGGCCGCGGGGGCCUGAGCGCCGCUGGGGAGGAAGCGGCGGCAGCGGGAGGCGCAGCCGUCUGUCGGGGGCCCGCGGGGCCUGCGGCGACCCUCGCCUCCAGGCACUGGGCGAGCAGCGAUACCGGGUCCAUGGCCACCGCGGCGGCUCCGUCCUCCUUGGCCCUCAGCGUCUCGAGCCCGGCCGCGGCCGCCAGCUCCUACGGGGUCUUCUGCAAGGGGCUCUCCCGCACCCUGCUCGCCUUCUUCGAGCUGGCCUGGCAGCUGCGCAUGAAUUUUCCGUACUUCUACAUCGCGGGCUCCGUGCUCCUCAACAUCCGCUUGCAGGUACACAUUUAGAGCGCUGACUGAGCAGCCGGCCUCCCGGGCCAGCACAAUGGCGUACUCCCGGGAGGCCCGGAGGCGAAGCGGCGCUGCGGCCGAGGAAGUCCGCAGUCUCGCGAGAAUGCCUGGACGCCCUCCGCGACUGCGCUCUCCCGUCUUAACCCGGCUCCCAGAGGGUGGCGGAAAGCCUGCGGUGACUAGGAAGAGGAAACGCGCGGUUUUCCGGCGGCAGCUAAGAAUCGCCCCUAAGGCCCACGACAAUAUGUAAGUAGCUGGGCAUCCUUAAAACAAAAACAGGACAAGCAGGAUGCAUUACAGAAAAAAGCUACUAAAAUUUUAAGGAAGAAAAGUUUUUAAGUGACAACAAACUUAUGGUCCAAAUUAAAAUGAGAAAUCAUAAAUUCCGGGAAUAUUGGAUUGGAUUGUAAGCAAGACGUUGAAUGAGUAAGAAGCUGAAGAUCUUAAGGAUAUGAUGUGGAAGGCGUAUAUUUCUUCGUCCCACGAGAGAAAACAAUGACAAUCAGAAAUUUUAAGUGAAAAAAACCUGAAACUGUACAGGAAGAGCGUCUUUUUAGUACCAAACAACGUAAAAUGCUGCAGGAUUUUGAACAGAGGGUUGGAGUGUAAGAAAGUGGACUCUAUUUCAGUGUCCCUGUGAGUAGCAUGUGGUUCAAGACUUUGGAGCCAAAGAGAAAGAAAUCCAGAUAUAUAGCACAGAACUUGGCUGUUUAGUGACUAACACUUAAAUAAUCGUAAUAAUUAAUAUAAAUGUUGUUUAUGGUUUUCAUCUUUUAAAACAAUUCUUAAUUAUGGUUACAAAGUAGAAUGCAAAUGUUAGCAGCCUUGAUAAUGUAAAACAGUUUUCAAAUGGGGACGUUGAAGGGGGAGGGGAAGGCAAAUGUAAUAGUAGUGGGUGUUUUUAUCAAGUGGGAAAUUGAAAGAUAGUCUGUUGUUGAUGAGGGAAAAAAUGCAUAUUAUUUACAGAGUAGCUAUAAAGUUGCUAAAAUAGUAAUACAACUAUAUUAAAGAGGGAGGAGAGUAGGGGAGAACAGCAUGAAGUCAACAAGAAAUGCCUAAAGAUGGAGAGUUCAGGUGGAAUGUCU